AUGAAGAAGAGAGCAGAUGAACUGAAGGAGACUGUUGACAAUAUACUGACUGAUAAUAACAAAAAACUGGAUGAGAUCGAGAACUCUGUCCUAAAUGAUUUAGUGGCACAACAGAUAGAAACAGAGGACUACAUGAAGUACCUGGAAAAAUUGAUUUCAGACUAUGAGAGUAAAAUUUCAUGCAUAAAACACACUGAACUCAUGGACUUCUAUAUAGAAUUUUCAUUAGCUUCUCUGAAGAUGCCUAACAAAAAUAAACCUAAACUGCCAAUUUACACUCCCUGUAUAUUACAAAAAGGAGAAAUAGCCAAAUAUUUUGGUGAAAUUGAAGUAAAUUCAUUGGAAAGGUUUAAGCUUUCUUCUGUCACAAAAGUAAAUGACGUCACUAUCCAGGGAAAUAACAUUUACCAUUUGUCUCCCUUGCCCCCUAAUAAAUUUUGGACCGGUGAUGGCCUAGGGAAUCUCAUUCAGUAUGAUAUGGAAGGAAACAUCUUACAGAAAAUAUCAACCAUUACAUGGAAUACCAUAGGUAACCACACUGUCAUGUCAAAAGGAGAACUUCUUUACACAGAUAACAGCAAAAACACUGUAAACAGGGUAACUAGUGACACGUUCAUCAACAAACUUAUCCAGACAAGGAGCUGGGAACCUGGAGCCAUCUACUCCUCUCCUAUCAAUGGACACAUUUAG